GUCCUAAAACCGACUCGCGAAGAAACGGAGUCCGGCGCGCGGAGCGAAAUUUCUUUCCCCGACGGCUUUAACCCCAGACUCGCGGCGCCGGAGGCGGACGGGCUUUGGAUGCCGCGCAAACAGGAGGGACAUUACGCAACCUGCGUGCCUGGAGGUGCGUAACAUGGGGCGAGCGAAACGACCCGCCUCUUUCAGAUGAUGGGGAGAUGGGGCGGGAACAUCCCACGGGAAGCCUAAAGAGAAGCUCGGGAGGCGGAGUUGCUGGCCGGCGCUGUGGUUUCCCCAAACGCGGCCGACUGCAACACCUAUUAUCCCCAGCCUGCUGCACAAGCAGAAGGCGGGUCGGUAUUCUGGGAGCAGGCUUCAAAGCCAGCGAUAAGCCCCACCCCCCGCACCUCCAGAUGGACUUGGACUACAGGUCCCAUCACCCCCGGUGUCCAAAAGAAAUGUGUUAGCUUAAGAUUGUGGAAGAAACGAAGAUAUGGAAAGAGCAAAUCUCAGCAAGGAAGCUGUCCUCAUUACGGGUGGAAGUGGAUAUUUUGGGUUUCGGCUUGGUUCUGCCCUAGCCAAGAACAAAGUGGAUGUGAUCCUGUUUGAUGUUUUUAAGCCCACCCAAGAGAUGCCUAAAGGCAUGAGAUUCGUGCAGGGUGAUGUCUGUGACCUCAAUGAAGUGGAAAGAGCACUCCAAGGCAUAUCCUGUGUGUUCCAUAUUGCCUCCUAUGGGAUGUCUGGCCAGGAUCAGCUAAACCAAAAACGUAUAGAAGAGGUGAACAUCAAGGGAACAGAGAACAUUAUUGAAACUUGCAGGAAAACUGGAAUCUCAAAACUGGUUUACACAAGCACAUACAAUGUAGUGUUUGGGGGUCAGGUAAUUGAAAAUGGAGAUGAAUCUUGGCCUUAUCUACCCCUCCAUCUUCACCCUGACCAUUAUUCAAGGACCAAAGCUUUGGCUGAAAUGAAAGUUCUGGAGGCCAAUGGGACGGUCCUAAGGGAGGGUCAGGGAAUAUUGAGGACCUGUUCCUUAAGACCUGCUGGCAUUUAUGGACCAGGAGAGCAGAGGCAUCUUCCGAGGAUUGUCAACUACAUUGAACAGGGAUGGUUCUGGUGUGUGCAUGGGGAUCCUAGCAGCCUGGUGGACUUUGUGCAUGUAGAUAACCUGGUGCAAGCUCACAUUUUAGCAGCAGAGGCUCUGGAUGCCACCAAAGAGCAUAUAGCUGCUGGCCAAUCUUAUUUCAUUUCUGAUGGAAGGCCAGUCAAUAAUUUUGAAUUCUUCCGCCCUUUGGUGGAAGGCUUAGGCUAUACCUUUCCCACUCGCCGCCUCCCUCUGUCUCUUGUUUACUACUUCGCAUUUUUUAUAGAACUGGUCCAUUUUGUGGUGGGACGCCUGUACAACUUUCCGCCCCUGCUCACUCGCACUGAGGUUUACAAAACUGGUGUGACCCAUUUUUUCAGCUUAGCUAAAGCUAGAAGGGAGCUGGAAUACGAACCCCAGCAGUACAGCCUGCAGGAAGUGGUGGAGUGGUUCCAAGCCCAUGGUCAUGGGCAAAAGUUUGGCAUGACCUCGGGAAAACAUUUCAUGAGAAAUGCAGUUCUGGUCUUUCUCAUGGCAGGGAUGAUCCUUUUGUGGUUCCCGACAUUUUCUUGGAGCUUUUUUUGAUGCCACUCAAAUAAAUUAAAAAAAAAAAUCUGAGAACUCCAAGUUUCAUUGCGACUCCAGUUGGAAGGGAAUUGGAAGCAAGGUGCCACCCAAAGCUGGCCUUUUUGCUCUCCCAAUGGGGUUCUUUUCAUCCUCUAUCAAAUCUCAGCUUUUAUUUUCUGCAGUUAAGUAACAUCUCCAAUGUAAUGGACUGUGAGAACAGCCUUGGGAGACGGGAGGAAGAGCCGCAGCCUAGACGACGGUCUGAUCAGAGAUAUCUGAGCCCAAAGCAGGUUCAGAAACCAUCU